UUGUUUUUUGGGUUUUUUUUCUAAGCCGUCAAGCAAUCUCAAUUAUAACUCCUAACAGGGGAUUCUUUUUUAUGCCCAGAUAUGUGCAUGACGUGCCUCAUUUUAAACCCCGCACCAUUCAUGCAUUGGAUUGCUAUUGCUCGCGAACAAUGGGCGGUGUAGGAUGCGCGGCAUUUUAAAUCUCUGGAAAUAUCUGAAAACGGCUAAACAGAUAUUGUUUACCCAGGACGUUACUUAACCAUACAUCCUUUUUUCAGGUGACGACAGCACACUUUUUUACACAAUGGUUGAAGAGGCUUGUCGCAUUAAGAUCCGUUUUCGCCAGAAACAGUUUUAGAAAAUUGACAGGACACUGUUGGCCUAAAUUAGGGAUUGCGUACAUUUCUUUUUGUUCUGUGCAGUGACAAAGGAGUUUGGUUUAAGCUGCCCAUGGCAUUCGAGGCCUCUUGAGACAAGAGAAACCAUAUUAUAAAACGCAGUGCAACUGGAGUCAAGUUUUCAUAAAGGUCAAUAUACUAGACGUGGAACCUGCACAUUAUGUUUAAAACAACCUCUCCGUACAAAGUAUGUAAGUGCUCGAAAUGCAGUGGUGACGCAGAGUACAUUUGCUUAACAUGUUCAUGUAAGAUGUGCGUCAAGUGCGAGCAAUAUCAUGUUAAUGAUAUCAGAUCUACUGGCCAUAACGUGGUUAUAAUCUCUGAAAAAGAAUACGAGGGCAAAGAAGACAUACAUUCGAAAUAUAUAGACGAAAACGCUACAAUUAAGCGACAACAAUACCGAGAAAUUAUUCACACAAUUAGGAGUGAUACUAUUUUAAGAAGACGUUUUAUUCUGAAGGAAAUAAAAAAUGACAUCAAUACCUGUCAUACACAAACUUACGAUGUUCAAUCAGAGAUGCAAAAUGUCGCGCAAAACAUGAAAGAUAUGCUUGAUAAUUGGAUUCGGAAGAUUGAUUCCCCACAUAGAUGUUUAAACAAAAAGAAAGAAUUAGAGAGAUAUUUUUCAGUUUUACAAAGAUUUGAGCAAAAUGAUGAACAUUCAUUUAUCAGACCGGUUCGAUUUCUGUCAUUUCUGUCAUUCUUUAAAAAAAAAGGCAUUCAGGCCGUCAAUUUUCAUAUAACAUACCACAAACGGCUCCACAUGACUGAUUCAAUUAAAAGAAAGGAUUUGAAAAAGUUAUUAAGCGGGAAAAUUAAUAAGAAACGUGUACGUUCAAUAGGAAAUGAGUGUCUGUUUGAUCUAAUGCAAACACCUGAGUUACAGAACUCUUUUUUCGUCGGGGAUCCUGGGUUUCAAUGCCAUCACAUUUCGGUUCUUACUUCAGACCGAUUCUGGGUAAAUAAUGACACAAUGCUUUUUUUGACAAGCUCUGAAGGUGACAUUCUUUUUGACGUGGAAGACUUUCAUGGUGGUUUACAAAGCUCUGCAUUUACUGGGGGUGUGCACACAGUAAACAGUAAGCAGGAAUUAUUUUAUUUAAAUCGACGCUUCAAUAUUAAAAAACUUUCAAAUGAUAUGAAAACAAAAACGACAUUUGUAAAAAGAACAAACUUUUUACAGACACCAAGAUGUAUGUAUUCGUCCCGUCGCACUGGCGAUCUACUGGUUGGUACCAUAACGGGUAUUGUUAACCGGUACAACCAAUCAGGAGAACUGAUACAGUCGAUUAAAGACAAUGCACAGGGACAGAAUCUGUAUAAAAAACCAAUUUAUCUCACUGAAAACAACAACGGGGAUAUUGUAGUGUCUGAUUUGCUAAAUGGUGUGGUGGUGACAGAUUACCAUGGACGGCAUCGUUUCUCCUUCAGCAUGCAUCCAAAUGGAAGAGUUGUAAGGCCUUUUGGAAUUUGCACCGAUGAGUUGUCACACAUUAUCGUGUAUGAUAACAAUAACCUUACAUUAUUAGUUAUCGAUAAAAACGUGAAUUUCAUACGUGAUUUGUAUAUUGAAGCAAUUGAGCCACAAUGGUUUUCACAUGAAUUUGGAAUGUAUCGAAGGGAUGUUACUCCAUUAUGCCUCAGUUACGAUGUCACUACUCAUCGUCUUUGGGUCGGAACAUGCAAUGCUAACAAGCUGUACAUUUACCAGCAUAUUACUGGACAGAACGCAUUCAAUGAAAUCGAUGAAUGGGAAGAUUCAGAAAUUCUAAAACAGAAAAAGGCAUUAAAAGCCCGAAGGAUUUUUAAAGACGAGGACAUUUUGAAAAAACACCUGUCUAUCAGCGGAUACAUACAUGGUACCAAAAACGGACUUGAAGUAGUUAAAGUUUUUCUACGAUACGAUGACAAAAUUGCAAAAUUGGAGAUAAAGGACAAUAUCUUGGAGGGACUUAAAGAGGAAUUUAUCAUCAUUCCUAAACGAAUAAAAAAAUUAAAAAAAAAGCUGACUUCAAUUACAAAAAAAGAAAAUUCUACUCCUGGAGUUGAUGUUGUAGAAAUGAAUCGUGUAGGUAGAAUAAUAAGUAACCGAGCAUCAUAUGUAUAUAAAAACCAUUCAGACGUAUUUGGACUUCGGAUAAGUAAUGUAAGAUGCGUUGACGGCAAGUUUAAGCAAGAGCCAUGCAUUGUUAUAUAUUGUUUAGACAAAUCAUUCAUACCGUCCGGCGAAAACAAAUUACCAGAAACACUAGAAGGAUAUCCUUGUGAUAUACGAGAAAACAUUAUCAUGUUUGGAGGAGGACCAAGUAUAGGAUCUAGCAUCGGGAUUCCAUACAAUGGAUCAUGGGGUUCUGUCGGAUUUUUCGUUAAAUCAAAUGUUCCUUCCUUGAUACCUGUUUCUGGUUUUCUCACAGCAGCUCACGUAGCAAUCAAAGAAUUAGACAAACUACACGACGAAAAGGCAUUACUGUCAGAAUGCAAGCAAAGAAAACGCUGUGAAUUUGCCAAACAAACUCAUUUUAUUGUGCAGCCAGCAUGGCCACAUAGCGACGGUGGUAAACCUGUUGGAGAAGUUGUAGAAUCGUUCUGUGGAAACUAUAAACCAUAUGGAGAAGGAAAAUAUAACCCUUCUUUUGGAAUGGACGCAGCUUUUAUAAAGACAUAUCCUCCAAUGCCAGAAGGUAAACAAAUUCAAAACAUUUAUUUUUCUGAAAUAAGUGUUAAAGAGGCACUGUUUUUAGUUUUGAAAGAUUUAAGGUCAGACGACACGUCCUUCAAUUUUACAUAACUAUCUCCAGGAAUGUCGCUACUUUGUCAAGUUUUCUUGCAUAAAUGUAGGGUACCUUAUUAGGCAUUUAUGCAAGAUACUAGAGUAUGCAUUUUCCUCUUUAACCUUAUUGAAAGUACAAUUGAA